CACACAACACGUAGACAACAUGCGUCCACGUCGGGGCCUCCACCACGCCAUCUCGGCGUCGGCGGCGGCUCUCCUCCUUCUCCUCUUCUCCGCCUCCGUCCUCCUCUCGGCCGUCCCGACAGCAAGAGCCCAGCAGGAGACCGAGCACGAGGAGGAGUUCAGCUACUCGGUGGACGCGGAGAACGGGCCGGCGCACUGGGGCGAGAUCAGGGAGGAGUGGUCGGCGUGCGGCAGCGGGGAGAUGCAGUCACCCAUCGACCUCGCCGGCCCGCGCGUGUCCCUGGUGCGCCGCCUCGGCCACCUGAACCACUCCUACGCCCCCGCUAACGCAUCCAUCGUCAACCGCGGCCACGACAUCAUGGUGCGUUUCGAGGGCGACGCCGGGAGCGUGUCGAUCGACGGCACGGCGUACCACCUCCGGCAGCUGCACUGGCACGCGCCCACGGAGCACAGCGUCAACGGCCGCCGGUACGACAUGGAGCUGCACAUGGUGCACCAGAGCGCCCAGGGAAAAGCCGCCGUCAUCGGCGUCCUCUACGAGAUCGGUGCCCGUGACCCCUUCCUGCACAAGGUACACCCCUAAUUUGCUUCUUUCUCUCUUUCAUCCUAUUUCUUCAACCAAGCAACUAGUCAACAAGGCUCAAUUCGUUAAGCUUAACUAAAGCCAACAUGGGGCGCACGCACACGCAUUGCCGCCAUGAGUGAUUUCUUAAUCAACUCAGGCGCCUCUUGUUAUAAAGUUGCAAGAUGGCCGCAUGCAUCAUUUUGAUGCAGAGGCCGGGGGUAAUCCUCUUUUUU